AUGGCUGAUUCUAUCCCUUCGAUGAACGUUUGCAGGAAAUGCAAGCAGGAGAAGCCAGUAGAUCAAUUCAUUUCGAAGACAAAGUCGUCACUCGCAUGUGGAAGACCUACGACCGACUGUCUAGACUGUAGGAAUCGACGAGCCUUAGGCGCCUCUAAGCGUACGGCAGAACAAGCUGAGUUAUCCCCAGUAUUUCGAGAAGGAUUGCCAUUGAUAGACUUGCAACUGGGCACACCAAUCACCACGUCAACACGAACGGACGCGCCGAUUACUCUCCGACCAGGUCCGUGGGCUGCUUCUCAAGAGGGCGUACGACUCGGGACGCCCAUCGAAUCUCCGGUAUCGAGUCCUUUUAUUUACCCGAGGCCAACUCGAGGGGGAAGAAAUCCCCAUCCGCCCGCACAGCUGCAGCAGCCGGCCAUCGAACGCCCAGAACAUCGAGAUUUUGAACUUCCUGACCCGGACUGGGCGCGUGAUCUGUCGCAUUGCCCGUUGUCUGAUAAAGAUAAGGACCUCCUGGAGGCGUUCUGGACGGAGCUGGAAAACGACCGGAUGGAACACUGCGCCCGUUGUCAGGGGACAUGGUUUGACAUGGGCUUGAAAGACGGCGUUUGCAAGCGUUGCAUGGCCAAGGACAAGAACAAAAAGGAGGAUGAACCUCUGUUUUUUUCAGCCGAAAAUCAAUUGGAUUUUGGCUCAGUCCCCGCAUUCCUCCCCCAGUUGACAAGAAUAGAAGAGAUGCUAAUCGCUCGAGUUCAUGUACUUGUGAACGUCAUGCAGGUCCGGGGCCAGCAAUACAAGUAUCGUGGCCAUAUUGUGCACUUUCUCCGCGAUGUCGGCAAAGUGUAUCGCCAACUUCCGCUUCUACCCUCUGAAUUAGAUGUUAUCCUGCUACGCCCUCCGAAUGCAAGCGAACAUGCCCACCUUGACCGCCAAUUCAGACGCCAGUUCCGCGUACGCCGUCGCUGUCUCCAGGCGUGGCUGGAUUUCCUGCGCCGUAGCCAUCCGGGCUACCGAGAUAUUGCUGUCUGCCAGAAGCGGAUGUCAGUUCUGCCUGAAGAUGACGAUGUACUUGAUCAGGUUGCUGCUGUGGACGUGACUGAUCCUCUUUCAGCUGAUUUUUUUUUAGGGUUAGGAUAG